CCGAGGCUCCACCAUGUUGUAGGAAAUCCACCACUGCUCCACACUGACAGAUUACACUUUAAUCUGUGGAGGAGGAUACACUGUCAAGACGAGCUCAGUAUCUUGGAAGGACUUUUCGUUUUGCUAUGUGCUUCCUCAAGGUUGUCAUUUUUCUCCGGGGAACGGCUUGUACCUAGAAGAUGAAUCGCCGGUCUUCAUUUGCUGUCUUUUCCUGUUCACCCACUUGCCACUACAUUAAAAUGUUAGCUGGCUAACUAGCGAAAAAUAGAGUAACUCAAUCGGAUUAUCUUGCAUCGACUCCCUUCGCUCUAGGUAAUAUCAAGGUUUUUUUUUUUUCUUUCUUUCUGUAGUUGACGGUGAUUACAAAGCAAAUAAGCUACCGCGUCUAUUCUGCAAGCAAUUAUUAAACACCGCAAUUAUUCUCAAGCACUAAUGUUGCUGCAAGUAAGCUAGCACCCCACAAAAGAUCUGGAGCUCCGAGUCGAGCCUGUUUUUUCCCCCCACCUACUGUUUGUUUGUAAAAUCAAAAUUUAAACCGAAAGUGAAGACCACCAAGCCGAUGUGCGACUCCGUUUCAAGCUAGUCGGGAAAAGAACAGUCCAUUAUUUCAAUAGAGAAAUACAAAAGAAGCGAUAAUGUCAGGAAAGGAUAAAGAUAAACCAGAGAAACAAUCCACAACGGAGCGGCUCAUUAAAGCUGUGCCAUACCCACCACAACAUAAACUGACUGUAAAAGAACUAUUUGAAGAUGGAAAACCCAAUGCAGAGCUGCUACGAAACCACCUCGUCAAAGAGGGCAGGGUGGAGGAAGAUGUGGCGCUAAAGAUCAUCAACGAUGGAGCCAACAUCCUUCGCCAAGAAAAGUGCAUGCUGGAAGUGGAGGCACCUAUUACAGUAUGUGGUGACGUCCAUGGCCAGUUCUUUGACCUCAUGAAGUUAUUUGAAGUAGGGGGAUCACCGAGUAAUACAAGGUAUCUCUUCCUCGGAGACUACGUAGAUCGAGGAUACUUCAGUAUCGAGUGUGUUCUCUACCUCUGGUCACUCAAGAUCAACCACCCCACGACACUGUUCCUCCUGCGAGGGAACCACGAGUGCCGACACCUCACAGAGUACUUCACCUUCAAGCAGGAAUGUAAAAUUAAGUAUUCCGAAAGGGUCUAUGACGCCUGUAUGGAGGCCUUUGACUGCCUGCCCCUUGCUGCCCUGCUUAAUCAACAGUUCUUGUGUGUACAUGGUGGACUCUCACCAGAAAUUAACUGCCUUGACGACAUAAGGAAAUUAGACAGAUUUAAAGAGCCUCCAGCAUUCGGGCCAAUGUGUGACCUGAUUUGGGCCGACCCUGGUGAAGACUAUGGCAGUGAAAAGACAUCUGAACACUUCAACCAUAACUCUGUCAGAGGCUGUUCCUACUUUUUCAGUUACUCAGCAGUCUGUGACUUUUUGGUAAAUAAUAACUUGUUGUCAGUAAUUAGAGCCCAUGAAGCCCAAGAUGCAGGAUAUCGGAUGUAUAGAAAAAGUCAGACUACGGGCUUCCCUUCGUUAAUUACAAUCUUUUCAGCUCCAAAUUAUCUUGAUGUGUACAACAACAAAGCUGCCGUAUUAAAAUAUGAGAACAACGUGAUGAAUAUUCGACAGUUCAACUGUUCCCCCCACCCUUACUGGUUACCUAAUUUUAUGGAUGUCUUCACAUGGUCUUUGCCAUUCGUGGGAGAAAAAGUGACAGAGAUGUUGGUGAAUGUGCUCAACAUUUGUUCUGAUGAUGAGCUCAUGUCAGAGGGAGAUGAUCUAUAUGAAGGUGGCACCACAGCGAUGCGUAAGGAGGUAAUCCGGAACAAGAUACGGGCAGUUGGGAAAAUGGCUCGAGUCUUCUCAGUCCUCAGGGAGGAGAGUGAGAGUGUAUUAACUCUCAAAGGCCUGACCCCGACCGGAACGCUUCCUGUGGGAGUACUGUCAGGUGGAAAGCAGACAUUACAGACGGCUACUAUUGAGGCAGCUAAAGCAAAAGCCAUCCAAGGCUUCUCUCCCACGAGGAAGAUUCGUAAUUUUGAGGAGGCACGCGGCCUGGACAGGAUAAAUGAAAGGAUGCCACCUCGCAAAGAUGGCCAGCAGCCGGAUGGCACGACCAUCAAUACCAGCGCAUCUAACAAGAACGGCACUGAUGGAUAGGCCUUAGAAACCACACCCUUGCCUCCCGACUCAUCCCCACCAAUCACGCUCCUCCUCACUUUUCUAUCCCAUCCAUCCCACUGUUUGUCUCUUCACCCAAAACCACCUGUCCAUCUUCUGCGUGCAUGCUGUUUUGGACGGUGGGUAAAGGAAGCAGACACGGUGGUGGGGAAACAAAAAAAAAAAGGAGACCACUCUGCUAGCAAAGGCUUCUCGGGGAAAACAAGCAAACAAUCAUGGGGAGGGGGGGGGGUCUUAUUUAUUAAAUGAAUAUGUUAGAGGUGAUGGAAUGAAGACAUUUUGAAGUUGUUCAAACUUAUACUGUACACUGAAGUCCAUGCUUAUACGUGUCACAGUCAUGCAGGUUAGAUGAAAAGAGACACAAUUAUACAUGCUUUAUGCUUUAGCUUCAUUCAUUUUUGGGGGGGUUUGUUUGUUUUGUGUGUUGUUAAUGUGUGUGGCAACAAAAAAGUUCAAAUAUGAAUUCUGUAGCCGCAGCGGCUCUUUGACGGUUUUGUGAGGUACACUGCUUAUAGAUGGUGGAGGGUAAAAGUACCAUUUUAUAUUUUAAGAUGAAAUGUGAUGUCUUAUGAAAGCUAUGGGAGCGGUUAAUUAGUAUUUUGUUCUCUCUGAGUAACAUGUAUUAUCAUUUGUGAAUGAAACUGUUUUAAAAUGAAGAUAAUAUGCUUUGUGUGCUGUAGACCUAAUAGUUGUUGACAUGACGGCAGCUCGGACGCUUGCUUUCACCUAAACCAAAUUAGGGGAUGUACAGUACAGUACUACACAACACAACACACGUCACCGCAAUCCUCCCCCAUCCUGGAAGGAAGCACACAUCAAGAAACUGUAUCAAGACAAACCAGUUUAAACAAAAGAGGACACUUUUGCCCAAGAAGCAGAGGAGCCACGGGGCAUACUCACCCACUCACUCAUUAAAACAGACUUUUAUUAAUUGCUGAAAUAUUUCAGUAUUCAAAAGAAAUACAGCAGGUUAGCGGCUGCUUUAUCAAAUGCGUUUUUAGGUCUUUUUGUUGCUUUACUAAAGCUGUAUAAAUGUCCCCAUCUACUUUUAAUUAUUUAGUAUGCAGAUAUGUUCGCUUUUUCUAAAAAAAAAAAAAAAAGUGACUACUCUGGAAAAAAAAAUGCUUCUAAAUGACUGCGAUAUAUUGUAUGGAUGGAGACCCAACAGACCGCUGCUGUUACCACACUUCUGACUUGGGCUUAGCGGCACUGCAGUCGAUUUUUGGCUCACUUGCCUCACGCAUGUUCCUUUUUACAAGCCGGAGUGGGAGCCACUUAGUAGUCGCUGUGAUUUCCUGAUGUUUGUGAAGUUUUCAUGUGGCUUGGCUCACAAUUUAGCUCUAACCACCUUCACUUAUCUUCAUUGGCACCCAAACAACCCUUUAAGACUUGCUUUUUACCUUUUAAUAGAGCAACAACGGAGGAGGAAUUGGGCCACUUAUAUGUGCAAUAUACUAUAUAUAUUUUUAAAGGGAAAAUAAUUCUGAUUUUAGUAAGAUUUUUUUUCUCAUAUACUGUAUAUACAAUGCUCUUUUUUUUUUGCAGGUUUGUUCAUAUGUGACCCAGAGCCUCCUCUCUCAUUUCAACUGGUGCUGUUAUAUACCCAAUGCUUAGUUUCUGACAAGUCAUGGUGGUGGAGCUUUAGUGAAAGAGUAUGCUAUUUCCUAAAGAAGAAAUGUUAUUUUAUUUCAUUGAAAUCGUUGUGUGCACUCGUGCCAUGCCACUCUGGACACGCUUGAAGAUCUGUAUGUGUGUGGAAGGCAAACAGAGUCAAGCCAUGCAACAUUUUUGAAUGAGAGUUCCAAAGUCAAGUAAUGUACUUUGUUCAAAUGUACACAUUUCAGUAAGACCCCAAAAUAUUGCGUUAUAAAUUAUUGUUUAUUUAAUGUUUCUUUAAAAAGUAAGGCUUUAUUGGGUGGCCCACACAGUAUACAGACCUGUUCAGUCUUAUACUGUACAUAGCUUGCAGAAUGUAAAAAAAAAAAAAGAAAAGAAGAAAAACUGCUAACAAAGAAUAUUUUAAUGGUGAAAGUGUACCGUGCGUAUCAUGCAAGGCCAUGAAAUCUUAUAUGUAGAUGUAUCACUUAAAAGAUAAUAAAAUCUUGUUUUACUUCA